ACUCAGUUUAAGUCAGGCGGCAAGAUGAUAAAGUUCUUUUUAGUGGAACUGCUGGUUCUACUGGCCAGCUCGUCAGUUUUCUCCAUCGAAGUGGACACCGAACUGGGACUCGUGCGGGGAUCAAAUUUGACCUCCAGAUUGGGAUUGCCCUUCCAUGCCUUUCGAGGCAUUCGGUAUGCAGAACCGCCUUUGGGCGACUUGCGUUUUGUGAACCCGCAGCCUGUGAAAUCCUGGGCACCCACGACCUUUGAUGCCACUGAAGAUGGACCGAUGUGCCCGCAACCGUGGGACAAUAUGACCGACGUUUCCGAGGACUGUCUGCGGCUGAAUGUGUAUACGAAGGACUUAAAAGGUCGGCGACCGGUAAUCGUCUUCAUCCAUCCUGGAGGCUUUUAUGUGUUCUCGGGGCAGAGUAAGUAUUUGGCAGGUCCCGAACAUUUAAUGGAUCGCGAUUGUGUCCUGGUUUCGCUGAAUUACCGGCUGGGUAGCUUGGGCUUCCUGGCCACCGGAACUAAGGAGGCUCCGGGCAAUGCCGGACUCAAGGAUCAGGUCGUGGCACUGCGCUGGAUCCAAAAGCAUAUCCACCGCUUUGGCGGUGACCCCGGUAGUGUGACUCUUGUGGGUUACAGUGCGGGCAGUAUUAGUGUGGCUCUUCACAUGCUGUCGCCCAUGUCGAGAGGUCUCUUCCAUCGCGGCAUCUGCAUGAGCGCCUCACCAUAUGGACCAGUGCCAUUCAAAAGCAAUGACCUUCUAUUGGCCCAACGACAGGCCAGAUUGCUAAAGUGUCCGCAAGGACCUGUUAGGGAAAUGGUAGACUGUAUGAGACGAAAACCCUACCUGGAUUAUGUGAGCACCUACAAUGGAAUGUUUGAUUUUGGCUGGAAUCCCGUGCUCAACUGGAGAAUAGUAGUUGAGGAGGACUUUGGCCAGGAGCGAUAUCUUAUCGAAAGUCCCUUCAAAACAGCUCGACGUGGCGAUUUCCACAAGGUUCCCCUCAUCACUGGCAUUACGGAGUUUGAAUUCCUUUCUGGAGUAUUUUUUGAUCUUCGGAAUGAAAGUAUUGUGAGCAAGUACAACCAAGAUUGGGAACACUAUGCUCCCAUCGCCCUCCUUUUGGAUCGAAACUCAACCCAAUCACGAAGCGCCAGUCGAGUUUUGAGAGAUAAAUACAUGCCUGAGAGCAGGGAUAAGCUGGAAUACCCAAAAUCCCUCAAAGGUAUGGGCGAACUUUUAAGCGAUGCCUUGAUUGGAGUGUCCUUCCAUCGCUUUCUUCGCAUGAUGGCCCCUCACACACCUAUUUACACCUAUCUGUUUCGGUACAAGGGCAGAUAUAGUUUCCUUAAAAAUCCCGAUAAUCAAAAAGCUAUGGGUCCGGUUCACCAUGAUGAGCUUAUAUAUCUGUUUCAUGUGGGCCUUAUAGGUCCUCUAUUAAAAAGAGAGGACCCUGAAAACUUAACAAUUGAGCGUAUGACGCGUAUGUGGAUCGAAUUUGCUCAAAAGGGUGAUCCCCACAACAAGAGCGAUCAGUAUCUGAAAGAUCUUAAUUGGCCCCUUUACAAUUCUCGAGAUCAGGCUUAUCUGGAAAUUGGUGACACUCUUACAGCAAAAAACGGCGGUUUUUUCCUAGAGCGGUAUCAAAUCUGGGAAGAAUUAUUUCCACUAGCAAGCUUUACCUAGGGUAAUCCCUGGAUUUUUAAUCGAAACUUUUCAUUUAAUCAAAUGUAAUAAAUUUAUUCUCUUUAUAUUUUAA